UUUUAAUUGUAUUAGUGCAUUGCCGUUGAUACGGAAUUGUGUUGUUAAAUAAUUUUUUUUUAAAUUUAUUAUUAUAUUUAAUAAUAACAAUGGAUGAUUGUGUUGACGAUUUAUUUGAUGCAUUCGAUGAGACUGCUGAAAAUAUUACUCCAAAAGCACCAGAAGAAAAUGAAGAAUCCAGUGAAAAAACAGAAAAACCAAUUUCAAGAAAGAGAACUUCUGAUGCACAAUCAACAGUAAAACUAGAAGGAGAAGAAGAAGAAGAAGAGGAUAUUGUUAAGUGUUCUCCGAAGCGACAGAAAUUGGAAGAAUCAUUAUUAGAUGAUAUUAACAUAGAUGAAUUAUCAACACGAAUAACUGUUCACACGAUAGAUACAAUUGAAUCAUGUACACAUGAAGUUGCGAUACCACCAGGACAUGAAUAUGUUCCUUUGGAACCAUCGACAGGAAAACCCGCAAAGGAAUAUAAAUUUGUUUUGGAUCCUUUUCAAAAAGAAGCUAUUCUCUGUAUUGAAAAUAAUCAAUCUAUUUUAGUAUCAGCGCACACAUCUGCGGGAAAAACAGUUGUUGCUGAAUAUGCGAUAGCAAUGUCAUUGAGAGAAAAACAACGGGUAAUAUACACCACACCUAUAAAGGCCUUGAGUAAUCAGAAAUAUAGAGAAUUUUACGAAGAAUUCAAAGAUGUUGGAUUGGUAACUGGAGAUGUGACAAUUAAUCCAACCGCAAGUAUUCUUAUAAUGACGACUGAAAUUCUUAGGAAUAUGCUUUACAGAGGUUCGGAAGUAAUGCGCGAAGUUGGUUGGGUAAUUUUUGACGAAAUUCAUUAUAUGCGAGACAAAGAAAGAGGCGUUGUUUGGGAAGAGACAUUGAUUCUUCUUCCAGAUAAUGUUCAUUAUGUUUUUCUUUCUGCUACAAUUCCCAAUGCACGACAAUUUGCCGAAUGGGUUGCACAUCUUCAUCAUCAACCAUGUCACGUGGUGUAUACUGACUAUCGACCAACGCCAUUGCAACAUUAUUUAUUUCCAAUGGGCGGUGAUGGAAUUCAUUUGGUUGUGGACGAGAAUGGUCAAUUUAAGGAGGAUAAUUUUAAUAGAGCAAUGUCUUGUUUACAAGGCGAUGCUGCAAAAGGUGACAAGAAAGGACGAAAAGGCGCUCUUUUAAAGACAAAUCAAGGACAAUCGAAUAUUUUUAAAAUGGUAAAAAUGAUAAUGGAGAGAAAUUUUGCACCGGUGAUUAUUUUCAGUUUUUCCAAGAAGGACUGUGAAGUUUAUGCUAUGCAAUUGGCAAAAUUGGAUUUAAAUACACUUGAAGAGAAAAAAUUGGUCGAUGAAGUAUUUAAUAAUGCAAUGGACGUUCUUAGCGAGGACGAUCGACGAUUACCUCAAGUGGAAAAUGUUCUUCCUUUAUUGAGACGUGGUAUUGGAAUUCAUCACGGUGGAUUGCUUCCAAUUUUAAAAGAAACAGUUGAAAUUCUUUUUGGUGAGGGUUUAAUUAAGGCAUUAUUCGCCACCGAAACAUUUGCCAUGGGAUUAAAUAUGCCAGCAAGAACAGUUUUAUUUACAACACCACGAAAAUUUGACGGAAAAGAUUUUCGUUGGAUCACAUCUGGGGAAUAUAUUCAAAUGUCUGGUCGUGCCGGAAGAAGAGGUUUGGACGAGAAGGGAAUUGUUAUUUUUAUGAUUGAUGAACAAGUUAGUCCAGCUGUGGGCAAAGAUAUUGUACAAGGAAAGCCCGAUCCUAUUAAUUCUGCAUUUCAUCUUACUUAUAAUAUGGUAUUGAAUCUUCUUCGUGUUGAGGAAAUUAAUCCCGAGUAUAUGUUGGAAAGAAGUUUCUAUCAAUUCCAAAAUCAAGCUUCCAUUCCUGACUUGUAUAAUAAGGUGAAGAAAUUACAAGUCGAUUAUGAUGCAAUUGUUAUGGAAAAAUAUGAUUCAAUUUCAACCUAUCAUGACAUAAGAGAACAACUUGAUAGACUCAGUAAUGAGUUUAGAACAUUUUUAACAAAUCCAACUUAUUUGUUACCGUUUUUACAACCUGGAAGGAUGGUAAAAGUAAAAAACGAAAAAGACACAUUUGAAUGGGGAAUAAUUGUUAAUUUCAAAAAGAAGAGUCCAAAAAAUCCAACGAAAGAUGAAACGACGAUAAUUGUCGAUAUUUUGCUUCAUGUUUCGAAAAAUUCAACCGAAGCAGCACCACUACCAUGUCAACCCGAUGAAGACGGUGAAAUUGAAGUUGUACCUGUUUUACAUAAAUUAAUUUCACAAAUUAGUUCACUUAGACUUUAUUAUCCAAAUGAUUUACGACCAGCUGAUAAUCGAAAAAGUGUAUUAAAAACCAUUCAAGAAGUUAAAAAACGAUUUCCCGAUGGACCACCAUUAUUAAAUCCCGUGACAGAUAUGAAAAUUGAAGACAGUAAUUUCAAAGAAAUUAUCAAAAUGAUUAAAGUUCUAGAGAAGAGAUUAUUUUCACAUCCCAUUCAUAAUGAUCCAAAAGUAAAUGAACUCUAUGAGGAAUUUCUCCAAAAAGAAGAAUUAGGUAAACAAUUGAAAGAGGCGAAAGAUGAAUUAAAACGUGCCAAGUCAAUUUUACAAAUGGACGAAUUAAAAAGUCGAAAACGUGUACUUCGACGUAUGGCAUAUUGUACAGCGGCUGAUGUUAUUGAAUUAAAGGGACGUGUCGCUUGUGAAUUAAAUGGAGCCGAUGAAUUAUUAAUGACAGAAAUGAUGUUUAAUGGUCUUUUUAAUUCGUUAAACGUUCCACAAAUGGUGGCAUUAAUAAGUUGCUUUGUCUGCGAUGAAAAAUCAAAUGAAAUGCCAAAAAGUACAGAAGAACUUGGUGGUCCUUUGAGACAAAUGCAAGAUUUAGCACGAAGAAUAGCUAAAGUUUCAAGUGAGGCUAAUUUAGAUUUGGAUGAAGAUUCAUAUGUUGAACGAUUUAAACCUUUCUUGAUGGAUGUACUCUAUGCCUGGUGCAAAGGUGCAAGUUUUUUGCAAAUCUGUAAAAUGACUGAUAUUUUUGAAGGUUCAAUUAUUCGUUGUAUGAGACGUUUGGAAGAAGUGUUAAGACAACUUUGUCAAGCGGCAAAAAAUAUCGGUAAUACAGAUUUGGAAAAUAAAUUUAGCGAGGCAAUUAAAUUGAUUAAAAGGGACAUUGUGUUUGCCGCCUCAUUGUAUUUAUAAAAAAAAAAAAAAAUCAAACAAAAUUAUAUAUUAUUUUUGUACAAAUAUGAAAUUGAUUUUUUCUUCGAAAAAAAUGAACAAUUAUACAUUACAUAUUAAUUGAAAUUUAGAAAACAAAAAAUAUAUAUCUUUCGUUUUUUUUU